AGUAUCCGACCAAAGCAGACGACAUUCGCUAGUGGACUGUGAACAUAGUCUGCUCGGUUGGAGUUGAAUGUAUUUAAUGUUGACUGCGUCAACUAGGUCUAGUUUUUAAUAUGUGGAUACGAUAAUCUGUUAGGAGAGUAGACUAUUAAACCUUCCAGUGUUUAAAUAAGUAACACCUGUUAGAUCUAUUGAUCUAGUUCUUUUAUAGAACCUACAAGUAGGGCGUUUUUACCAUGAAUUAAUUCGAUCUACACAUAAAACUAUUACCAUGGAUUUUACUGAGCUAAGGAGAAACAGAAUUCUGAAUUAUUUGGGUGUAUUUCGAAAAUAAAAAGGAUGUAGCGUUAUUUACGCAAGUGUUGGUGACAUAUAACUAAGGAUAUAAAUAUAUCACAAGACCAGAAAGAUACAAUAAACAAUUUACAGUCAGAUCAAGCAGUUUUAACCACAACGUUAUUUUACUUUUGGUCGCCAAAUUGUGUGAACCAAAAACUACCUGGCAGGAUUGAACAGUUCUCGUUGCUUCCUUGUCAUUGUUCUUCAGAGCCUUUUAAAUACGCAGAAGUCAGUGCGACCUUCUAACUGUUUAUAAUUGUAAAAAAAAAAAAAAUAACAUCCGGGAGCAAGGAACAUUCGAGAAACGAAACAAUUGGAGAUACAAAGACCAGCUCAACGUCUUAGCGUUCAAGACUUCGGUGUUUAUGAAACUCUGCACAGUGACAGACCAAAAAGCAAUAGAGUAGAGAAACGGACGAAAAAUACAAACACAACAGGGAUAUUUAGAACUCGAGUUAUGCCCUCGUUUCUUUUUGUUUGCUGAGUUUAUCUUGCUUUGCUUUGAGAUAGGAGGUGGACAAACAUAUGCUUCGAUAAGAAACUGUUCCUGUGUUACAGUGAAACCUAGUCCCACAUUGCCUAACUGAAGAAGUUGUUUUCUUUUUUUUUAAAAAAAGCUUUAGUGAACAAGUGGUGUUAUAGACCAACGAUUUCAUAACUUGAAUUUUUCUUUCAAUCUUAAUAAUACUUCUGAUAAGACCAAGUGAAGGUCAUUAAUUUGAUUACUGAUCACAUUUUAGAUCUGUUAUAUUUUGUAUGAUUAAUAUUUGUGCUAUUUAUUACAUUGUUAUCUAGGUAUAUUAUUAAUUCUAUUAUAGUUUUUGUGUGUUUUAAGGUAUUUGUUCAACAUGAAUGACUUUAUAGCAGAGAUGAGGCCUCGUACUAAACCCAAUCCAAAUUUUAACUACCCUGAAGGUUUUGUUGCAGAAUUCAGAACCAGGCCAUUAAACACAAUCUUAGAGGAUUCUCAAAUUGUUUGCCAAAAGAGUUUGGCCACCGUUUGUUCCCCACCCCCACCCUGUUCCAAAACUAACUUUGACCACUGUAAAAGUGAUAGCCUUGAUGUACAUAUGGGCUACAGUGAUAAAGAUUUGUUGAACGCUCUCUUCGACAAAAAAUUCUCUAAAGAAAGAAUAACGCUAUUGCUGGAGAACUCUGUGACUCAGUUAGUGGAAAAACUUCUUAUAAAUAGAGCCAUUAGUAGGAUUCAAGGCAGUAUUAGGAUCGUUCUUUGUGAUGACGAGUCACCCAUUUCUGUAGACUUAAACAAAGUGUACGAGAAGUCUCCGUCUGGCAAGCAGGACAUUUUAGCGGAGCUGAACACAGACUUCAACGUGAAGCUUCGAGAUGAGCUUGCUAGUGAAGGUAAAGACAGCCAUGCCUCUCACCGCGAAAGGGAUAUAGUUUAUGAAACAGAAUGCAUGCAGACAAGAGCUCUUAGCCCGCCCAUGGAAGUAAGCGGCCUCAGGGACGAUGAUGCCAGAACGCUUUGCAGCCCGCCACACGAGCCUGACUCUUCUACGCAGCAUCUCUCUGCUGUUGAUGCUGGAGCCACACAGGUUGUCAGGGAGGCCAAAAAGAGGCGAAGGGAUAGUGACAAUGAAAGUGGCUACACAAGCAAAGACGAUCUGGAUACGAAUUUGGACGAUUCCGGUGAGAAAGCAGCAGUCAAAGGGAAAGACGCUUCGGCAUCGCGCCGUGUCUUCAAUGAAUACUUCUGCAAUGGGUUUGACGGAAACGACACUUUGUACAUACCUGACAGCGAACAGCUAUGUGAUAUGACCACCGACAGUGACCACCUUGGGUCAUCGGCCGAAGUGAGUGAUGACAUGGACGACGAUUUCGCAAAUGAGUCGAGGCUUGUCAUCGAUGAGAACGCAGAUGUUGUCCCAGAGUCGAUCGCGAGGAUGGAGGUGGAAGUGAACGCCCUAAACAAGGAAUCGCUCUUUGUUCAAGAAGUCUUGAAGCCAUCAGUGACUUUUAAACCCAAAUCACUGAACGAACUUUCCGAAUCUGAGGAAUUCGAAUCACUGAUUAGCUCUGAUCUAACAGAUGUUGAUACAGACGCGCCCGUUGAUCUUUCUGGGGACAGUGAUUUGUCUAGGGGUGUAUCAUCACUUCUUCCUCAUCCUCAGAGUUUGGUUACCAAGCAUUUGGAUGGCCUUAAAUGCAAACAAUGUUCGCUGAUAAUCCCCGACGGCCAAGCUGUGUCAGAACAUGCUCUAUCAAGACACAACCUUUUCGCUUGCUCCUAUUGCUUCAGGACUUUCACUGCCAAAAACAACCUUAAACGUCACGUGAGACUCCACACCGGAUCACGACCUUACAAGUGCUCUCAGUGCCCUCAGACCUUUGCCCGGCGAGAUGAUCUGAAAGGACACGUGCUGCGCCACGACUACAGCAAACCUUUCCGUUGCUCAAUCUGCCACAAGGGAUAUACGGACAGAGCGUGCGUUAAAAAUCAUAUGGCCAAAGAGCAUCGAUCCCGGCUUAUGCAUGUGUGCCCUUCCUGUGGCGAAAGCUUUGACAAUGAUGAUUCCUUCACGCAGCACAAAAAAUCUCACCCGGAACUCCAGCAGUUCUCAUGCAAGAAGUGCUCCUUCAUUGGCACCAACAAUCUCAUGACCCUGAAGCACAACCUCCUUCACACCCACAAGCUUUUCGCGUGCAAGCCAUGCAAUGCAUAUUUUGCCGAUCCCUUCGAUUACACCAUUCACGUAAGGAAACACAAGAAGACCCAGAGCUUUACCGACUACAUCUGUUGUUUCUGUAACAUGUCUCUUUCAACAUAUGACCAGUACGUGCGCCAUGAGUACUCGCACGCCCAAGGAAAAGCGCACACUUGUAAAGUCUGCAAAAAGCAGUUCAAAAAUAAAUCUAUUCUGAAUGAGCAUUAUCAAUCACACCCCGAGACUCAGACUGAGAAUGCAUCAAGGGAACUAGAGAAAGUUAGCGUCUCUUCCGAAAAAGCAACAGUGCCUGCUGCUCCUGAUGCAGCCCCUGCAAGGCCAGUUAUGGAAAGCGUCUUAUCGCAACCUUUUGUAGAAGAAGCCGAGUACGACGAAUACCACGGACAGCUGCUUGAUUUGAGCAUGAAAAAGCCUUCCAGUCCUGACUUUAGUGGUAGCUUUGAAUCUUGCCAAAGGGUAAAUGGACAUUUCAACGACAUACCCAGAAAUGGCUAUGUCAUGCAGUCCUUUGCCAAGAGGCCAGAAUUCCAAGCUGCCACACCUUAUAGACCCCCUCAUGUCGUAGAAGAAAAAACGUUCAGGCCCGUAUUUAAUGUUAGACAUGAUAACAUCCUGAAUUGCAGUAACAGAUCAGAGCUGAAAUUACGACAGAAUCACACGCACGUACCCGCAGAGAAACAGAACACAGAAAAGAGUUUAUUGUCUGAAAGGUUGACAAUGAGCCAUUCACAGCCAAGCAGCUUCGGAAACAAAAACUCCUCCCUUCGUUUCGCUCCAUACAACAUGGAAAAAAUGCUGGACUUUGCCAGCAAAUUCAUUGCUGCUCGAGGUUCUAAGAUUAGCUCUAAAGUAGCGCUGACUAUAAAUCCAGAAAGUGCCGACAAGUCUCUGCCAGCAUUGAUGGCAAGAAAGGAGAUGGCUAUUAAGCAAGCUCGAUCAUCUAGCAGCGAAGAUAGAGGAAUGUCCGUCAAUAGUUUUCAUCUUGAGCCCAGUGCCGCUCUUCCUUCCGUUGUCAAAACCGAAAUUUCAAUGGACAGUGAUAUGGAAGAGAUCUGCGAUUCUCCACCUACGACCAUUCGAUCCCCUGGACAGAUGCACAGUUCUGAGGAUGACAGCAUUGAGUUGUCCGCCCACGGAAUGAUGGAAGAAGAGAAGCGAAAGCCACACUCUUGUGAUCUCUGCAAGGAGCUCUUCAGGUCCUUCAAUGAGCUGGAGGCACACAGUGUCGACAUCCACAAGCGCUAUCUGUGUGAGCACUGCAUGAAGACCUUCACCACACGGCCCAACAGGGACCGCCACGCGCGCGUGCACACGGGGGAAAGGCCUUACAAAUGUGACCUCUGCGAGAUGGCGUUUUUCAGGGGUGACGACCUGAAGUACCACCGGACCACCAGACACCCAAGCGCCCAACCUUAUGUCUGCAGCCGAUGCUCCGUUAGUUUCACUUGGGGGCGCGACUUGGAAAGGCACAUUCGCCAUUCUAAAUGCAAAGCGUAAUUCUUCUUGAUUUAAAAAAAGACUCAUUCCAUUUCCAAACGAAACUAAAUCUGAAACCUAACCCUUAAAUCUUUCUAUAAAUAGUAUCCCAAGUAGUUUUUUGUUUUACUUGAAGUCCCAUAUCUUCACAAAGUAGUUACCCUCAAGAUUUAUGUGCCUUGACAAUAGCUUGUUCUUUAUAUGAGUUUAUCUCAAUAUUAACAGCAGCAAUCCUUAAUUAUACAUCGGUAAUGUACUAACGUUUUCUUUAAACAGUGAUAUUGAAACAUAUUAUUUUAAAAUAUAUCUUCUUCCUAAGCUGAAAGUUGAGGCUCAGACAUAUCUUGUGCUUUUAGAUGUUAUGCAAAAUUCUUAUAACAAGUUAGUGUUUAAUGUACAAGUUAAAUGCGUUACUCUAAUACAAGGAUCCACUUAGAAAGUACGAUCAUGUCUUGACCUAAAGAUAUUGUAUGUCCAAUAUGGUAUCUAAAACAACCUAGACCCACCUUUACCCUCUCCACCUCCCAUACAAAAAAUGCUAUGACCAUUGUUUGGUACUGCUCAUGCCAUGGGGUUCACUCCCCUUGGGUUUCACUCCUGUGUUAUGAAUCGUCUUUCAGUUAAUUCUAUAUUUUGUAUAGAGUGCUGCCCCUUUUUCCUAUUCUCAAAAUACAUUCCUUCAAGAAAAUACUUUAUAAAAAAAAAUAAUACAAACUAUAUAUUCCCAUGAUUCUUUUGAAUUUCCUGACAAUUUGUUUUAAUUCAAUAAAACGAGGCCUUCUCAUAUGUUAUCUCUUUAUUAUAUAUAUAUAUAUAUAUAUAUAUAUUGUGAUAAUGUACAUUGUACAGACAUUCAAUUUCUAUAUGCUAUUUUGUGAGUUCGCUUGGAUAUUAUUUAUUUUAAUCCUAAUUUUGGUGCGUUCAAUAUUGUUUUUUUUUACUUUAUAUUUGCUUUGUAUUCUUAAUUAUAAUAUUUACAAUGUAUUGAAUAAUGUAUUGAAUAACUAUAUUAAUAAUUUGUUUGUACAAUGUGUUUAAAGAAUUGCAAGUGGCAAGGACGUCAAAAUGCAACUAUUUAGUACUAUUUUGUGUAUGUAUUUAGUGAUUUGUCUUUUAAAUAUACGAAAUGUUUUAUGGGGGCUGCAUUGUAUCUCAAUGUAGGCAUUCAAUAUGUUAUAUUGUUUUUCUUUCAAAUGUAUUCUUAUUUUAAAAAUAAACAUUUCUUUCUUACCUAAACAAAUAAUGUAUAACCCUUAAGUUGCCCUUAACUCAGACGUUGUAUUAUACAUUAUAACCUUUCAGCUGUGAAUAGUAACCUACAAAGCUCAUUGCUACUAAUGUGAUAUAUAAAAAAAAAUAAUCUCUAAACUUAAACAAUUAAGGCUUCAUUUAUGCUCAUAUGAAACAUACUCUCGUGUCCCAGACCAAACCCAUUUUGGAAAAGAUGUCCAACUAUUGUUUAAAAUUACCCGUUUUUUUUGUUGUUUUUUUUUUUGCAUGUGUUGUAAUAGUUUAAUUUUUUUUAAUGUGGUCAGUACUAGGAAAUUACUGGACAGUCAAUCUUACUCUAAGCCAUAAAAAGAAAAAAAAAUUUAACCAAUGGCUAAAACGAGUUUAUCCACCAUUUCAUUACUGGCAUUAUAUGUUUUAUAUUGUAAUACAAAUCAUACAGAAGUGCUAUAAAUAUAACAAUGCAAAGCCUUUUACAUAUAUUAUCUAUGUCUAUGUUUUCAUGUGGGUGAAUGUGUGUGUUUAUAUCGUUAGCAUGUGCCAAGAAUGACGUCUAGAUGAUAAAAAAUAUUUUUAGAAACAUAGCCAUAUUAAAUUUUUAUUAAUGUACAAUAUGCAAUUUCUUUCAUUUUUUAAUUUUACUGGUUAUGUAAAUAUAACAAUAUCGUUGUUUUGGAUGUUUCCACAAUAAACAUUUAUGAAAAUAA